GAAAGUUGACACCGUUGAAUAAUAUAGCACAAUGCUAAUGCUAACGCUAACCCGAUGCUGUGGUAAACAAACGUCUCGUCUAAAUUUCAUGGAGGACUGAAAGUUAUGGCAUCACCGCAGUUCAGUUAAUGUUCAGUUUGACUCGUAAUAGAAACCAUGUCAGCUCUGUUGUUGCAGCACGGCGCUGGUGUUUGUAGAAAAUACAAUAGAUUUGUAUUGAGGACGCUGUCAAGGCGAAGCUCACAUGUAUUAGCAAACAAAUUGAUAUCCAACAAUACUGCUAAGAAUGCGUGGUCCAUGUGUGCUAAUGUCAGCCGGACCUUUCUUUCAAGUUCAGAGCGGACUUUCACAAUUCAGCCACAGAAGAAAAUCAUCCAGAGUCUUUUCAACAGACCUUUGGGUCCUGGUAUGGUGGGGCUAAGCAAGGAGUUAAUCAGGAACAACCUAUUCAGAAAUCCUGUUGGUUUAAUGAAUCUAUUAGGGGCAACAAAUUUUUUCAGUACAUCCCACUCUAAACAACAGAAAAAUAAAAGCAAUGGACCAAAGGGAAAAACACCAGAGGAAGAUGAAGAAGAGAAAAAACGCCGUGAGCAGGAGGAUCAGAUGUACCGGGAACGUCUUCGGACCCUCUUCAUCAUUGCACUCAUCAUGAGCCUGCUGAACUCCAUUAAUACCAGUGGUGGUAACAUCUCUUGGAAUGACUUUGUCAACGAGAUGCUGGCCAAAGGGGAGGUGUCACGCGUGCAAGUCGUUCCUGAGAGUGACAUUGUAGAAAUCUACCUUCAUCCUGGGGCAGUUAUCUUUGGAAGGCCUAGGCUGGCACUCAUGUACAGAAUGCAGGUCGCUAACAUUGACAAAUUUGAAGAGAAGCUGAGAGCAGCAGAGGAGGAGUUGAAUAUUGACACUAAGGACAGAAUACCAGUGUCUUACAAACGCACAGGAUUCUUUGGAAAUGCACUUUAUGCUUUGGGGAUGGCUGCUAUCGGAGUAGCUAUUCUCUGGUAUAUCUUUCGGCUGGCGGGCAUGGGUGGUAGAGAAGGCGGCUUCAGUGCUUUUAAUCAGCUGAAGAUGGCUAAGUUCACCAUUGUGGAUGGUAAAUCGGGUAAAGGUGUGAGUUUCAAAGAUGUGGCAGGCAUGCAUGAGGCUAAGGUGGAAGUAAAGGAAUUUGUUGACUACCUCAAGAGUCCAGAACGAUACCUCCAGCUGGGAGCCAAGGUUCCUAAGGGUGCACUGCUGCUUGGGCCCCCAGGAUGUGGCAAGACCCUGCUAGCUAAGGCUGUAGCUACAGAGGCCCAAGUUCCAUUUCUAGCUAUGGCUGGUUCUGAGUUUGUGGAGGUCAUUGGAGGUCUUGGUGCUGCAAGGGUACGAAGUCUGUUCAAGGAGGCUCGUGCUCGAGCGCCCUGCAUCGUCUACAUUGAUGAGAUUGAUGCUGUAGGAAAGAAGCGCUCCAGCAACAUGUCAGGCUUCUCCAACACUGAAGAGGAGCAGACUCUCAACCAGCUGCUGGUUGAGAUGGAUGGAAUGGGAACAACUGAUCAUGUCAUCGUUCUUGCCUCCACAAACAGAGCAGAUAUCUUGGACAACGCUCUAAUGAGACCAGGCAGACUGGAUAGGCACAUCUUCAUAGAUCUGCCGACAUUGCAGGAGAGGAAGGAGAUCUUUGAGCAGCAUCUAAAGAUCCUGAAGUUGACCCAACCAGCUAAUUUCUAUUCUCUGCGGCUAGCUGAGCUCAGCCCUGGCUUCAGUGGUGCAGACAUUGCUAACAUUUGCAAUGAAGCUGCUCUUCAUGCUGCCAGAGAGGGUUUCAAAUCCAUUGAUACUUUUAACUUUGAGUAUGCAGUGGAGAGAGUGAUAGCAGGGAGUGUAAAGAAGAGUAAGAUCCUGUCUAAAGAAGAGCAGAGGGUGGUUGCGUUUCAUGAGUCUGGGCAUGCCUUAGUGGGAUGGCUACUUGAACACACAGAGGCUGUGAUGAAGGUAUCCAUUGCUCCGCGGACAAAUGCAGCCCUGGGAUUUGCUCAGAUCUUACCCCGUGACCAGUACCUGUUCACCAAGGAGCAGCUGUUUGAGCGUAUGUGUAUGGCUCUCGGAGGAAGAGCUUCUGAAGCGAUCACCUUUAACAAAGUUACCACAGGAGCUCAAGAUGACCUGCGCAAGGUGACACGUGUGGCCUACUCUAUGGUGAAGCAGUAUGGCAUGUGUGACAGCGUUGGACACGUCUCAUUCCCAGAAACAGAGGAGCAGGGUGCCAUUGGGCGGCGUCCGUUCAGCCAAGGCCUGCAGCAACAGAUGGACCAUGAGGCUAAGAUGUUGAUAGCUCGUGCAUACAGACACACAGAGAAGCUGCUCUUGGAGAACAGAGACAAGCUGACACUGCUGGCUAAUGCUCUGUUAGAACGUGAGGUGGUGAAUUAUGAUGACAUUGAAGCCUUGUUGGGACCACCACCUCAUGGCCCUAAGAAGAUGAUCCGCCCACAGAGCUGGGUGGAGGCUGAGAGGGACAAGCAAGACACAGGAGAAAACGAACCUGAGCCACCUCCUCGCAAACACGCAGAGGAAGACUUGAAUCCUCAGUUGGGCUGAUUUUAGUUAACUCUUAACACUUUACCAACUUCUGCUUUUGUUUGUUCAUCAAAGCCUGAUGGAAAUUCUCUAAAACCUUGGACGGAGUCCUUACUUUGAAGCUUUGUGCUGCUGACAGUGAAAUCAAAGCUCCUAAAAUGCUGCAAUCCAUGUUGAUGUUUGUAUAAAUGUUCAAAUGCACCAGUUUUCCACCCAGCUGACCUGUUUAGCUAACCGUAAUGAUGAUCUGCAGCUUUGAGAAUGACUAUUGUGGGAGGAAAUGUAUAAUUUCCCCUCAAAUGCUCGCUGCCAAGUCGUAUUAUAAUGCCAUGGUAGCACUAAAAGCAAGUCUAUUUAAUCAUAAUAUCUCAAACAUGCAUAAAACUGAGAUAUUCCAGACAGAUAUAAGGUCUCCGAUCACACCUUAGUGUGUGAGCAGUCAAUUCAUAGAUGCUGUGUGUGUGUGUUCAUCAUUUUAAUGCAAAUGUACUGUAGCAGGUUUGGAUUACAGCAUUUCUUAAGGAAACUGAUAUUUUUCAACAUCUGCAAGGCCAGUUUUUUUCUGAAGCAGAAAGGAGCCAAUUAAAUGUGCAUUUAUACUAGACAACACA